CGCAGAAACACCCUGCAUUACAUACGAGUAGAGUUUGUUCGGAAGGAGAAGAGUCGUGGAAUGUAUGGGGCCCAAUACAUUCCACUACUCUUCUCUUUCCGAACAGACUCUAACUUAUGUGUAGAUGCAUAUUGUAAUUCUAUGUUUAUGUCACAUAGCAGUAUUAUAUUACGUUUUUUUUUUAUUCCAUUAUUUUUAUUCCAUUAUUUUUAUUUGUAUUUUUUUUAUUUAAUGCAUUUUAGUUAUAAGAUGUGAUGCCAUUGAAUAAAAAAUGUGGAUAUUCUAUAAAAAAUAUAUAGAAUAAGGAGAAAAUCAAUGUGUUUUGUAUUAAAAGUCCUAUGAGACAUGCGUUUGCAUCGGCGGCCGGAGUCAACUAGGGCGCCACGCACGUAUUUACGCAACGGUUGGAACGAGAUAGAAGAUGCUACUCUCGCAAAUAGUGAAAAUCUCUGUAGAAGGGUAAUUCUGGAUUGCUGCAUUCAGAUGGAAGACAUGUUAUCGCGAUCACAUGAAGUUCAACUCGAGACUUGUUAUGCAGAAAGACAGGUACUUCGGAAUUAAAUAAUCUAAGUUACUCUUCGGCCGAAAUCUCGCUUCUAGCGAAGGGGUUGACCAUUAUAGCAACACCACUCACAGAUAGCUUUUGGGACAACAACUAAUUUCUAGCUCCUAGUGUGAUAAAUAAACGUUAACUUUAGUCAUUAUCGCUACGAGUAAGUAAUUGAUAUUUACGGUUAUCUGAAAGCAGCCUAACUACAGGUGAAAGUAAAUUAGAACAAUACUUACUUGCAAUUAAAACUCACAAAAAAUAAUCACGCCAGAAUAACACCGUACCUUAUCGUGUCCUAAUAAAACUGUCACCAUUACACGCUUAUCGAGGGGGCGUCGCACCCUAUCAUGUUACAGCAAUGGCAGGCCGAGUUUAUGCCUGCGGGCGGCCAGUCGUCGAACAGAAUGUGGCCCAGAAGGUUCCUUCGAGCUUGCCCCGUCCUCACACUCGUGCUGUGGGCGUGCGUUCUCCUCGCGCGCGCGGAGACGGACGACUGCCCCGACAAGAAAGAGCAGCUCACCGAAGACGCGCGCCUCCGGAAAGACCUCAAAUGCGCCUACAAUAGCAACUACCGCCCCGUUCUCCACCAUCAGGACACAGUCAACGUAGAGGUCGGCUUCCUACUUAAAUACAUUAGCUUUGAUUACCUAGAAGAAACCUUCACCGUUCACAGCUGGGUAAUGAUGACGUGGAAAGAUGAAUUCUUGAAGUGGAAACCUAGUGACUAUGGAGGUCUAAAUAUGACAUUACUAGAGAGUCACGAAAUAUGGACCCCGGGACUGGCAUUGUUCAACGCAGACGCCAGCAGGUACCAGUCAGACUCGUUCUACACGACCUGCAAAGUGCACAACAAUGGCUCGGUGACGUGCGUGCCACACAUGGCGCACUCUGGCAUCUGCCGCACGACCUUGCGUCGCUGGCCCUACGAUGCGCAAAACUGCACUUUAUAUUUUGGAUCCUGGAUGCACACCGGGGAGCAGAUCAACUUUACUUUUGACCCCGUCCAAGCCGUGAAUACUGACGAAUAUCAGGAUGGACCCGGCUGGAGACUUUUGCAAGUGGUUAAAAAAAGAUAUGCCGGUAAAUAUGCCUGUUGCCCGAAUGAUACUUAUCCGAUGUUAAAAUACACAUUCGUCAUGCAGCGCGAAGCGGCAGGCCCGGCAGCCAUCGUUGUCGUCCCUUCCAUAGCCAUCGUCAUGUUAACGUUGAUAUCGUUAAUGUUAGAUAUCAAGGACAAUACGAGGUUAAUAGUGGCGUGUUUCAGUCUUUUCUGUCACUUUAUAUUUUUAACGGAAAUCGGCUACGACAUACCCAAGGAGAGCGCGGACACGCCCAUUAUUCUAUUGUUCAUACGAGAUUCGAUGGUCGUAUCUUUGUUUGCGGUGUUGCUAACGCUGGGGCUUAUGUCGCUGCGGACCCGCGCGACGCCGCCGCCGGUGUGGCUGCUACGCGUGACGCGCUUCGUGGCCGCGGGCCCCGUCAAAUACGCCGUCUUCACCGAGUUCGACCCUGACCGCGCCCCGGAAGAGAAGGUUACGCUUUCAGAAGACGACGCCGGAACCAGUGCGGUCGAGGACCCAAAGCAAGUAUCAUCCUGGCUGCAGCUGUCGAAUAUUAUGAACAGUGCCGUGUUCAUUAUUUCAGUGAUAACUUACGCAGUGUUAAUAGGCAUUUACAUUCCGAGAGACCCUUAUUAAACUUUGUUCUGUGUAUCACACUAUUGUAUGUACGUAGAUACUACCUAUAGGUCGCUUUCAAUAUAGCAUGCAUGUGAAAUAUUGUAUAUGGGUAACGAAAUAAAACAAUUGAUUAUUGA